AUGGCUGUUAAGAGGCGGCCCGUCCCAGCAAAACCACGUUCCAUCUUUAGAACCGCCGCCAUUGCUCGUCACGCACGCUCUCGGUUCCCCUUAGAUCCAGGCCGCCUAAUUGUACAUCGGACGGUUCCCCUCGAUGUCCCGGAUCAUGAGCCAACAGCGCUCCAGCAUCGUCCUGUGGCCCAGCUUCCGUUCUUCGGCACUUCUCUCGCUUCCUGCUUUCCUAGGCAAACGGUCGAACACCUCAACGGCAAGGCGCCUCCACCAAUGCGCGCUCUACUCCGCCUCCGGUGCCGGCCAUCUCUACCCCUGAUCGCGAGGACCUCCUCCUCGUCCUCCUCUUCCGAGCCCCACGAGAUCCCCACCAUCUACUCCUUCCUCCAGCCAUCCAUCUUCGCGCCGCGCCCCAGGCCCCAACCGCCGCCGCCGCCGCCCCCCGGGGCCCAUGAUCCCGCCCCCAGGAAGACGCUCCCCGUCGCUGACGCCGCCGCGCUCGAGUCCGACCUCCUCGCCGCCGUCGCCGAGAGCCGCUCGGACGACGCGUGGCUCGCGUUCAAGUCCCUGGCCGCGGCAUCCCGCUCGCCCUCGCCCCACGCCGCGGCGGCGCUCGUCUCCCACCUCGCCGCCGCCGCCACCGGUCAGCACCGGCUCGGCCUCAAGCGCGCCUUCGCCGCGGCCGUCUUCCUGCUGGAGAAGAGCCCGCACGCGGCGCCCGUCCCGGAGCCAGCCCUCGGGGCGCUCUUCUCAGCGCUCGUCGCGGCGGGGUCCGCUGCCCCGGCGGUGGCGCUCGCGCGCGCGAUGCUCCGCUGCGGGCGACGCCUCCCGGCGUUCUCCGUCUGGGGACACCCGCUUAUCGAGCUCACCCGCGCCGACCCGGGCGCCUUUGCGGCCUUCCUAAAGGUGUUCGACGAGGCCUGCAAGCUCGUGGUGGAGGAGAAGUCCCCUGCUGAGGCGGCGGUGAUGCGCCCUGACCGCGCUGCCUGCAAUGCUGUCCUUUCUGGUUGCUGCCGCGGGCUAGGUUCGCUGGCAGAUGCGGAGCGGGUGCUGGAGACUAUGUCGGCUGUUGGGGUCUCGCCAGAUGUGGAGAGCUUUGGGUGCCUCGCCUUCCUGUAUGCUUGGAGAGGUGUUCGCAGUCGGGUUGAUGAGCUCGAUACAUUGCUUGAUGCUCUGGGCUUCAGCAAGAAGGGCUUUUUCAAGAAUCUGGUUAGUGGGUACCUCAAAUCUGGUGACUUCGAGUCAGUUUCACCAAUCAUUCUUCGUGCAGUGAAGGAGCGCAGAGUUGGGGAUGGCAAUGGAUUUGAUGAGGAAACCUACAGUGAGGUUGCUCAGUGCUUUGUUGAUCAUGCGAGAAUUAAGGAACUAGCUCAGUUGAUCAUCCAAGCGCAUGAGGUUGAGCUCACUCAGCAAUCUAUGUCAGUUGAGGAUUCUGUUGGGUUUGGGAUUGUCAAUGCUUGUGUUGAGCUUGGCCUAUUGAACAAAGCUCAUAGCAUACUCGAUGAAAUGACGGCUCAAGGAGCCUCUGUAGGGCUUGGUGUCUACUCUUCAAUCCUGAAAGCCUAUUGCAAGGAGCACAAAACUGCAGAGGCUGCACAGCUUGUGGCAGAGAUUAGUGCAUCCGGGCUAAAGCUUGAUGCUGGUAGUUAUGAUGCUCUUAUUGAUGCUUCCAUGACAGCCCAUGAUUUCCAGUCUGCAUUUGCUCUUUUCAAGGACAUGAGGGAGGCAAGGCUACCAGAACUUAGGACAAGUUAUCUUACUAUAAUGACAGGCUUGACAGAAAACAACAAGCCUGGCCUCAUGGCUUCCUUCUUGGACUCAGUGGUUGAUGACCCGAGAAUCAAGAUUGGUACACAUGAUUGGAAUUCAAUAAUACAUGCUUUCUGCAAGGUCGGGAGGUUAGAGGAUGCUAGAAGGACAUAUCGAAGGAUGGUAUUCCUUGGAUUUGAACCAAACAAUCAGACAUACCUUUCACUCAUUAAUGGUUAUGUCUCAGCUGAGAAAUACUUUAGUGUGCUCAUAUUGUGGACAGAAGUGAGGAGGAAGGGGACUGAAUUCAACCAUGAGUUGAUUGAUGCCUUUCUUUAUGCUUUGGUGAAAGGAGGGUUCUUUGAUAUGGCGAUGCAGGUGAUUGAAAAGGCGCAAGAGUUCAAAAUAUUUAUUGAUAAAUGGAGGUAUAAGCAAGCAUUCAUGGAAACACAUAAGAAACUAAAAGUUGCAAAGCUAAGAAAGCGAAACUUCAGGAAAAUGGAAGCCCUGGUAGCUUUCAAAAACUGGGCUGGUAUCAAUACAUAA